AUGGAGAAUCUGAAAUGGCAUUUCCAGGAAACGGAGAGAACUCAAAAAAUAUUGAAGCUUGAUGAAGAGAUGGAUGACCUAGAGGCACUACGUUCAUUAUCCGUGAAUGAUCAUUCAGAGAAGUAUCCUCUCUUGUAUUAUACAAUACCUGUAUGUCUGAUGUCAGCUAUGAUGGAUAACAAUCAGAUUGAUAUAGUCACCAGGAAUGCUAAGCAGUAUGGAGGAAUUUAUUUCGUUUUGUUGUAUUUUCUUUUCAAUUUCCUUGUUGGAUUUGCCUCCAUUGAACUGUUUGUGGGUAUCGCCCAGUAUACAAGAGCAGGAAUGACUAAGAUAUUUGGGCUGUAUGCAAGACUCUUUCGAUGUGUUGGUGUAGGAAUGCUAGUAACCGUCUUCUGCUUCCAAUCAGCGGCACUUCAUCGUACAGCAGAUAAAUUUUCUUUCAUUUAUCGCAAUGCGUUGAAUCCGUCCCGUUUGGUGACAUGUAAUUUUACUGAGUAUCAUUGUCCCGAUCUGAGUACUAAGGAGUACGAAGCUCUCUCUUACAGAGAGUGUUGCACAUCAGUUUAUCAUGCUGUUAAAUGUCCUUCUCAAGAUUUCACAAAGUAUUAUUCAAUCGGAGAUCAAUGUGUUCAGAAAUACCCCAGUAACAUCGUACUCGUGCCAGCAGCUUUGAUAUCUGAAACAAAAGAUAGUGCUAUAACUUACGAUACAGUCUUCGUUGUUUCCUCUAUCGUGAUCAUCACUGUUGUAGCAAUAAUAGCGAUGAACGGAAUAACUCUUCUGACCAUUUUUAUGGCUGGUUCAUAUUAUCUGACCACUCUGGCAAUUGUGAUUUACACUCUAGGAGUUACAUUUGGAAUAGGGAACCUCAGACUGGGUCUGGUUCAAAUAGUGCGUUUGUCGGAAAUACAUAAACUCUUCCAAAUAGAGAUGCUUGUGGAUUUAACGUUCAUGUGUUUUUCAAUGGUUGCUCUCAAGUUUUUCAUCUUGUCCAUAGCAUGCUAUUUACACCAAAAAUACAACGCUUCAACGUGGUCGACUAUCAUGUAUGGAAAAAGAACGUUUAUUGACAUUCUAUUUUUGCUCGCUAACCUUUCUAUGCAAGGAACUUUCGAAAAACAUGCUCAUCAUUCGACAGUUUCGAUUAGCAAAGAUGUGAGACAAUAUGCACGUUUGAUUCCUGAGUUCUUUGGAGCAUUCUCGGACUUCGGAUUUUUCUUUUAUCUAUACUACGUACUAUGUGUACUUAUGAAUAUUGGACAGAUAGCUGGACCUUACUUCAUUUGUUAUACCUUGGCGAAAGAUCAUUUCCCUUCCAAGAGGCAGAGAGUUGUAAAAGUCUGUGUAAUUCUCUUAACAAUGUUGCUAGUAGCGGUGGCACUUACUGGAGAUAGUCGUCACUCUGCUUUCUUCGGCCGACAUGUCAUUCAAUCGUUCUGGGGUUCCUGUUUUUUAGUUCUUGCAAUUUUCGCAAUAGCCUUCCUUUAUGGUCCUCUGGAGCUUAUUUUGGACAGGUUUCGUAUAAUGAAAAUAACGGCCAGGAGUAGGCAAAGAGAGAUUUUGGAUACGUUAUCUGCAUACCGUAUAGAACUUCUGCGUUUGGUUAUCACACCCAUCUUGACGUUAAUCGUGCUCUUCGGAAUAGGGUUUGUAGUCAUCUAUGCUAUCAAUCCGCCUAAGGACAAAAAUAAAAUACUUCAUUACAUUGAUGUUGCCAUGAUUUUAUUCCCAGUUCUAUAUUUUAUUGCUUACCAAAUAUUUUUACAAAGAAAAAGGUCGCUCCAUAAGAUCAAUUUCGAAAAAUUGAUUUUUCCAACCAAGCAUCAUCCCUCAUAUGCAAGAAUUGUUCUCGGAGAACCAAACACUUUAGAUUUCCAGUCAGUACAUCUACUUCACAAAAGAAAAAUCAAAUAG